AAAAUGUCCGAGAACGUCGCCCGUUUGAACAGGUUCAAGAACAAAGGCAAAGAUGUCAAUGAGCUUCGACGAAGGAGGGUGGAAGUGAACGUCGAGCUUCGAAAGGCCAAGAAAGAUGAUCAAAUGUUCAAAAGAAGGAACGUGGCUGCGUUUCCAGAAGAGGCUACAUCUCCACUUCAAGAGAAAAAUCAAAACGGCCAGACUUCCAGCCAGUGGACUGUUGCAGAGAUUCUCACUGGAAUCAACAGUGGUAACAUCGAAUCACAGCUGCAGGCAACACAGGCAGCACGAAAAUUGCUCUCCCGGGAGAGGCAUCCCCCUAUUGACGAUAUAAUUAGUGCUGGACUGAUCCCCAAGUUUGUGGCCUUUUUGGGACUGUCUGACUGCCCUCCCAUCCAAUUUGAAUCGUCCUGGGCGUUGACCAACAUCGCCUCUGGCACGUCAGACCAGACGAAUGCUGUGGUGCAGGGAGGGGCCAUUCCUGCUUUCAUUAAUCUGGUCACAUCCCCCCACCAGCACAUCAGUGAGCAAGCUGUCUGGGCUCUUGGAAAUAUUGCAGGUGACGGCUCGGCACUGAGGGACAAGGUGAUCAAGCAUGGAGCUGUGGCUGCCCUGCUCAAUCUACUAGCUGUGCCUGACCUCUCUGUAUUAGGUCCCGGCUACUUAAGAAAUGUGACCUGGACCGUGUCCAAUCUCUGCCGGAACAAGAACCCUUCGCCUCCUAUGAUUGCAGUCCAGCAGCUCUUACCUGCUCUCAUACGCCUCCUUCACCACCACGACAAAGAAGUGUUGGCAGACGCCUGCUGGGGGGUUUCGUACCUGACCGAUGGAUCUAAUGAUCGUAUUGAAGUGGUGGUGCAAGCGGGCCUGGUGCCCCGUAUGGUUGAACUUCUUGGCAGCGGAGAACUGUCUGUGCUGACCCCAUCUCUGCGUGCCAUCGGUAAUGUUGUGACCGGUACAGAUGAGCAGACUCAGACUGUGCUUGAUGCCGGAGCCCUGGGGAUGUUUGCGCCACUACUGUGCCACAACAAGGCCAACAUUCAGAAGGAGGCUGCCUGGGCAUUAUCUAACAUCACAGCGGGAAAAAACACCCAAAUCCAGGAAGUCAUAGACGCCGGCCUCAUUCCGCAUUUGGUCAACGUGCUUGUGAGGGGUGACUACAAAACCCAGAAGGAGGCAGUGUGGGCUGUGACAAACUUCACCAGCGGUGGCACUGUGGACCAAGUAGUGUGCCUGGUGCGUUGUAACGUGCUUGAGCCUCUGCUCAAUCUACUGUCCUCAAAGGACAGCAAGACUGUUCUUGUCAUCUUGGAUGCCAUCAACAAUAUAUUUUUGGCUGGUGACAAAAUAGGGGAGUCAGAAAAGUUGGCUCUGAUGAUUGAGGAAUGUGGUGGACUGGAUCGUAUUGAAGCUCUACAGUCUCAUGAAAAUGAGACAAUCUACAGAGCAGCCCUUAACCUUAUUGAGAAGUAUUUCUCAGGAGAGGAAGAAGAGUUGCAGACUGUUGCUCCAGAAGCAACCGCUGAUGGUUAUGAAUUUCAAAUAAAUGAAAACCAAAGCACUUUCAAUUUCUAA